AUGGCUAGAGCUGGCGACGACGGCGUGGCUGGCGACGGGGCGGGCGGCGUGGCUGGCGACGGGGCGGGCGGCGUGACGGGAGGGAGGGCCGAGCUACCGCCGCUGGUGCCGCUGGCCGAGUAUCGGGCGGCGCAAAAGGAAGUGGUGGCAGGCAAGGGUGGAUGCUCGGGCUACGUGAUUGGCGUGUGCGUGAUGCUGGUGCUGGUUCUCGGCGUGGCUGCGCUCAAGGAUCAGACAUUGUCGUUCUCCUACGCAGACGAGAUCGUGGCGUCGUCGUACGCCACUCUUGGCCUCUCGUCCGAUGCCGACAUGGCUGCCGUCCGCAAGGCCUACCGCAAGCUGGCACGUAUAUACCACCCGGAUACCACGUCGCUUGAAGACAAGGAUGCAGCCCAUCGCCGGUUUGUGGAGAUCGCGCGCGCGUACAAGAACAUCAAGUCGCUGGCUCAGGACGGCCGCGCCACUGUCGAGGACGUGCAGUAUGACUCGGAUCGCAUGGCCCAUCCAGUGACUCCGCCGCCUCCGCCGCGAUCGCGCCCGCGUCCUCGCACACGACGGGCACGCGCCUCGCGGCCACGGCGCUGAUCUGCACGGCAUACCCGCGUCGAGCGCGACAUCGUCCGCCGACGCGCUUGAUACUGCAAGCGCUGAUGCUGCAGCACGCAUGGCCUUUGCUAGCCAAUACACACCAUCUUGCC